AUGGCAUACCGCGAGUUGACCAUUUGCCUGAGUUUCCUGGCAUUAACGCACGCCGGUUACAUCGGAGCCCCAGUGGCAUACCAGUCGCCAGCAAAAGUAAUCGCGCCAUCGGCAAUUCUCACGAAAGCCCUCGACGCCGACUACGAUCCUCACCCUCAGUACAGUUACUCCUACGACGUUCAGGACUCCAUCACCGGGGAUUUCAAAAGUCAACACGAGACUCGCGACGGGGACGUGGUCCAGGGGAGUUACUCCCUCCUGGAUUCGGAUGGAACGCGCAGAACCGUGGAUUACACGGCGGAUGCCCAGAACGGUUUCAACGCCGUAGUCCGUAAAGAGCCGAUCACCGAGAAAUUGGUGACUCCAGUGGCGGGCCCGAUUGUGCAGCCAGCAGUGGCCUAUGGCCCACCGGCACUAGCAAAGUACCCAGUUCAAUUACCCGCAGCUACUUACGCCCCAGCUCUCCCCCAAAUCUCGGCCGCAGUUCACAGUAACAUCGCGGUUUCACCGGCGCUGACUUACGGACCUCCUGCAACGCCGAUUGCCACGCACGAAGCCGCGAGUUACCCCGCCGCGGCCCUCCCUGCGAGGGUGUACAGUGCCCCUGUUGGGUAUGCCACCCCCGCAGUAGCCAAGUACUCUCCUCAUCCAUACAUCGCUCAUGUCACUUAUACGACACCCCUCUUCUCAUACUCUCAUUAG